UCUGAUGUGAUAUCCGUUUUAGAUAAAUGUUCAUAUGGUGCUUUGUCAAAAUCUUCGUCAAAACUUUAACAAUUAUUCUCAUUGUUAUUGUGGUUUUCAUGGUUUAUUCCUUCGUUUUUGGGACUGUUAACAGCGCACACUCGUUGGAAGUUUGAGAGCGGUGAAUGCGUUGCUGUAGACCGGGGUAACGCUACAUUCCAGAAUCCCCUCCAAGCCCGUGCGGGUAGUACGUGCAUCACAAGCAGGAAGGGGUGUGUCUAGCUUUGUAGCUAGCUAAGAGAAGGAAGGAAUACAAGACGAAGCCAACUUAAAUGCUAUCAGAGCAUAGAGGACCGUGGCUAACGCUAACUGUCAGCCAACAACCUAUUCUGUCAGUCCUAGUUUUUAACGUGUUAAUACUCAUUGGAGCCAAUGGUAUGUGAUACCUCCCAGACAUGGGUGACAUGAAAACCCCGGAUUUUGAUGAUCUUCUGGCUGCCUUUGACAUUCCAGAUGCUACAGGGUUAGAUGCCAAAGAGCAUGGGCAGGAGAGCCACGAGGAUCCAGGGGGGCAGCUGAAACACACAGGGGUAUGUCUGGAUGAUCACCUAUUGGUUCACCAAGCUGUCACUCCGGCAGAUGUUCCCGCCGUAAGUGUAAUUGUGAAAAACACUAGUCGGCAGGAGUGUUUGGAUGGUUUUGCCCAGAAGCUGCACUCAGUACCCAACUUGCAGAAUGGAUUCAGGGUACCUGGAUCCUCCACUGAUUCCAGUGAGUCAAGCAAUGGUGGCUUUUCCAAAUCCUAUGCAUCUCCACUGAACGGGGAUGCCAGUAGGGAAUUUCUGGGAAGGAUGCCUGUUCAGCAUAGAUCUGAAGCAAAGUUACCCUUUUCCGAGUCUUUUACUCAAUUCAGUCCUAUCUCGAGUCCUGAGUCUGAGGACACGCCGAGCGCGAAUGACAGUAUUAAUCCAAAACAAGAGAGACCCUAUUUCCCUGAAGCCUCAGUUUUGGUUGAACCUUUGUCAGACAAUCAAAGAAGGCCAUCUCUCAGUAUGUUUGACACUUUCCCUAAGGAUUGUGGCGUUCCCAAUAACAAGCACAAUAAAGCAGAGCUCGGCAUAGCAGAACAUUUCAAAGGAAUGGACUCACCUGAAAUGUAUUUUACAGACCAAAUGAACUCACACAAUAGCGCACAAACACCUGAAAAUGGUGAAAUUAAAUUUGAGAGCAACUCCAGUACCAUCUCAAACUCUGACAUUCCCUCUCCUUGUCCGUUCGUCAAGUCCCAAGCAUCUAAAUUAUCCUCUUGCCUUGAAGCACUGGCAGCUCUGAAUACGCAAACAGUUCCCAGUGAGCAACCCUGUACUAAAGACCCCUCCUUCAUGCACAAUGACUGUGUGAAGGCCAGCCCCCGGUUUCCCCCUUCCCCCUGUAGUCCCAGGAGUCCCCUGGACGCGGUCAAGCGGUCGGCGAGGCCCUCCGACAGUCCCAUGAGCGUGUGCAGUGAAAGCAGCGACAGGGUCCCCUCGGCGGUGGGCUCCGGCUCGCCGCUGGCCAUACCCAAGGUCCGGAUAAAAACCAUCAAGACCAUCUCCGGACAGAUCAAGCGCACGGUCACCAGCGUGCGGCCCGACUCGGAGACGGACGAGCUUCAUUCGGCCUGCGAGUCGUCCCCGUCGCGCAGCCAGGUCAGCGAGGACUCCUACGGCCUGUCAUCCCCGCUCCAAACUCUCCCCGUGGCGGCUGAGAACGCCGUCAGAAUGCAUGCUCCUGUCCCUGCUUUAAAUACCAGUACUACGAGCAAUGCUCCUUCAUCGACCCGCGCCCCCAACAAAACAGAGGGCCGCUCUAAGAGGUCAGCGACCGUCAACACAAGCGCUGCUUCCAAGGGGUCGGCCGCACAUCAAAACCAGAAGCUGAGGAGAAUAGCUCCGGGUCAGACGGGCCGCCCCGCUGGUCCCACCUUCCUACCCAAAGCGAUGCACCUGGCCAACCUCAACCUGGUGCCGCACAGCGUGGCCGCCUCGGUCGCCGUGCGCUCCGCCGGCCAGCUCCCCGCCCAGCCCGCUCUCACCUCCUCCUCCUCCUCCUCCUCUUCCCCCCCCUCCACGCUGUGCAGCACGGCCCCCCUGGUGCACCAGGUCAAAGCCCCCAGCCCUCAGCCCCACCAGCGGGCGUCCAUCCCCAGCAGUGCGGCGGGCACCCUGAGCAGACUGCUGAACAACGGCAACCCCGUGCCCACGUACGUGCCCGACCUGAACCCCCCGCCGGGCAGCGACCUGGGCCUGCCGCCGCGGGGGUACUGCUGCCUAGAGUGCGGCGACGCCUUCGGCCUGGAGAGGAGCCUGGCCUUCCACCAGGGCCGGCGCAGCGUGCACAUCGAGGUGUCGUGCACGCACUGCGCCAAGACCAUGGUGUUCUUCAACCGCUGCGCGUUGCUGGCGCACGCGCGGGAGCACAAGAGCGCCGGCACGGUGAUGCAGUGCACGCAGCUGCACGUGAAGCCCAUCGCCGAGGAACACAUGUUCGUGCCGCUGGGCGGCGUGGCGGCGCCAGUGGCGCCGGCGGCAGGGAGCGCUGGGUCGCCGCCGCCGGCGUCUGCGGCCGCCGGCCAGCCGGUCAUGCCCCUGUACCCGGACAGCUUCAUCAGGCACAGGCUGCGCUGCGUUGAGUGCAACAAGCAGUUGUCUGACUACAAAGCGCUCGCAGGCCACUACCAGAGACUCUCUGAAGAUGUGGACCGUCUGGUAUGCGAGGUGUGCUCAAUGUUGUUACCUAAUAAGUGCAGCUUCAGGGCUCACCAACGCAUCCACACGCACAAGGCCCCCUACUGCUGCCCCGAGUGCGGGGCCGCCAGCCGCUCUGCAGACAUACAGAAGCAUGUGAGGGAAAACUGCCUUCACUUUGCACGCAAGGCAUGGUACAAGUGUCUUCACUGUGAAAUGGUUUUCAAGACGGUUCAAGGCCAGAAGAAUCACAUCGAGGAGAAACAUUGUGUGGUCUUGUAUAAGUGCUCCAGCUGUCCAGUGGCCUUUAAGUCAUCGGACGGCUGCGAAAUUCACAUGAAAAACAAACACAACGUUAGCGAAACUUCCGCCCAGUUAAUCUUUAAGUGUUCAUGUGAGACCAUGUUCAAGAAAAAGCAAUUACUGUUCCAGCACUUCUAUCAGAACGCAGACACACGGGCCACGUGUGUCUUCAAGUGCCCCGAGUGCACUUCUGUUUUACCCCUGAAGCAUUUGCUUAUGCAGCACUUUAAGAGCGCGCACGGUGGGACGUUGAGGGAAGAGCCCAAAAAACAAAGCCCGGCAGCCCGGCCUUCAGUGCCUAAAGUCCAGCGGCUCAAGGUCCCCAGCCUGGCUAAACACAGGGUAGCCCCCAGCAGAGAGGCUCCCAGCAGAGAGGCCCCCAGUAGGGAGGCCCCCAGUAGGGAGGUGGAGCAUCGGGUCAAGCCCCGGGGCCAGCCUACAGGCUGGACGUGCGGGGAGUGUCUCCAGGGGUUCCCUGACCGAGACGCCUAUGUGUUACACAUGAAGGACCACCAUGGAAGGUCAUUAAAAAGGUUUCCAUGCCGACAGUGUGAGAGGUCGUUUAACUCCUCAACCAGCCUAAGGAGACAUAUUCGUAACGAUCACAACGGAAAGAGGAAAAGUUACACUUGUUGGUAUUGCACAGAUACAAAGACUAUAUUUGCCACCUGUGUGAUGUUAAAGAACCACAUCAGUCUUAUGCAUGGCAUUAAAAACCCCGACCUGAAUCUAAUGCCUAAGACAGCUGUACAAGAAGGCAUCAAGCCCUCGGGAGAGGGUUCCCUCUCUAAAAGGCCCGCUGCGGGCGCCCAGGAGGCGAGCCAGGAGGAACCAACAGAUGACCCAGACGUCUCCUCAGCCAAGCGGCCCAAGGCCCAGUACCGCUGCUCCAAGUGCGGCUUCACCACGGAGGACGGCGCCCGUUUCCAGCAGCACAUCCCCCAGCACAAGACGGAGGAGCACAGCCCGCAGUGCCUGCACUGCGGCCUCUGCUUCACGUCCCCGCCCGCGCUCCACCGCCACCUGUUCAUCGUGCACAAGGUGAAAGACCCCCGGGCCAAGACGGAGGACUCGGAGGCCGGGGAGAAGGAGCCGGGGGGCCCGCCGCCGCCGCUCGGAUUGCCGCCGGGCCCCGCCGCCGGCCCCGUGAAGGACUCGGGAGCAGGGCCCCCCGACACGGAGCCGUCACGAGCCCAGGAGCCACCGGGGUCCCACUGUGACGAGGACGGUGAUUUAGGGCGGGGCGCCUCAAGCUCCUCACACAGUCUGGCGCUCCACAGAAGUUAAGAGGCAAGCCGUGGCCACCUUUUUCUGAGCAGCUUACCGAAGGCGAUUAUGCAUUGUUUUGAUGUUGUGCGCGAAGGCGGUACGUCGUUUUGGGGUCCCAGGUCGUUAAUUCGAAACAAGAUCCUGGCGUGUCUCGAACCACAGUAUUUAUGCGGUAACGGGAAACAUGAGUUCAUGUCUCCGUCAUAUUUUAUGUUUGCACAUUAGUGUGUGUGAUAUGUUGAGAAGUGCUGGGAUUGAACCACUGUCACGGUAGAGCUGACAAUUGUUUGCCUUUCUUCCUUUUGUUAAAUGGUUUGAACCAUCCUUAAAGGAGACUCAGGGUAUGUCCUUUUUUUUUUUUUGAGCGGAGGGCUUUCUUUGUUUCCCCAGCCAUCUGUUAAAAAUGUACACAUUUAUAUUCAAGCAUCAUUUACCGCUGCACAUUAUGCUCUCUGAAUGAGAUUCAGAUCCAUGGAUUCAACUCUGAUUGAACACGGUGGUAGAAUGACAAAUAUACGUUUAUAAGUUAAAUAUUUACACAAAUAUAGACACAUUUUAUUACAAGAUGUUAUAUUUCAGUAUACAUUUGAAAAGCCGUUAGUUUUGCAUCAACCAAAAUAUCUCUGCAAGAUGAGGCCCAUGUUCUACCUUGUGUUACAUAGCCAUCUGUGGCUUCAUGUACAGCUAUGGCUAUGUAUGAACUUGUGUAUGUGCAUCUGUGUGUGGACCCACAUGUGUGUGUGGGCCCACAUAUUUGUUUGUGCUCGACUACCUUCAACCUGUUUUAAUUGUUAAUGUAUUGCAGUUAUUGUUGCACAUUGUUCUGCCGUCUGUCUUUUUUUAAUUACAGUAGGUAACCUGAGAGUUUAGAACGCCGCGGAGGUAACGAGAAGGUCCAGUAAAGCAGUAUUAAAUACCUCAACGUGUAGAAUCCAGGAACGUGAAGGGAGACUAUGAAGAUCAGGGUAUGGAGAAUAUGCAGAACGGAUAGAAAAUGGGAAAUGGGAACGUUUCCCAGGCUGCAUGACUGUUGCUUUUUUUUUUUUUUUUUUCAUAUUGAUGAAAUGUUCUCGUGGUUUUUAGAAAAUGAUUUGACAGAGAUGGAGUAAACAAGUUGAGCACACCUCUUCAGAGCGGGAAUGGUUGACUGUGUUCCACACACCUCUGAAUAAGGUCUAAAUUACAAACACAAUCUGGAUAUUGGAUGAAUAUCAGCCCUGAUGGAUUUGAUUGCAUUUGCCUGGGUCGUACCGCCCACAUUACGGUUUCCCCCUCGGAAAUCAAGAGGGAUUGUUUAAACAUUGUAUGUCUGUGUUGGCAGGGGGUGUGCAAUGUUGAAUGAGUAUAGCAGCGGAUGUUAUCUCCCACACUAUAUCUAUAAAUAAUUGUUUGGGAUUUGAUGUGUAAAGUAUUGGGUCAUAUUGACCAGAUCAGUGGGUUAACUUUCAGUGUAAGAGGCAUGAGCAGCUGUCCGUUUUCUGUCUUAGGCCUCUGCCUUCAAACCAACCUGGUAAGAAAAUACACCCUCACCUAUUGACCUGCACAGGCCAAAGUGAAAUCUCUUUCUUUUCUUUGUAAUGCUUGUUGAAGACAUUUGUACUUUUUGAUACAUUGUGCGGCAAUUUGUACAAUCGUUUGUGUACGUAUAGAGUAGCUAUAAUGUAACAUGUCAUUGGCAGCGUUACUUUAAGCCAACAUCUGUUGCUGCAUGCAGUGGCCCUUGUGCCUUGCUCACAUCUUUACUCCAAAUACUAAUGAAUAAAUUGGUGCAUUUAAUUGACGCUCUCUCUGUCCUUGUAUGUAAUGUUUCAUUGAAUGACUCCACACACAGUGCGGCAUGUUGAACGCCUGUGAAAGAGAAUCUGGAGGCUUGGCGUUUCCAUAAUAAAAGGCCAGCACAGCAACCGUCAAGUACCCAAGCAUUUCAGCCUGCAUUAUUCUCUGCCAUAAAAGACCUUUCAGAUGGUUAACAUGUUUUGAUGCGUCUUCUGGAAGGUGCUUAAUUAUGGUAUGUAGUGAGAUGUGCCCGCUGAGCAGAACCUCGCAGGAUGAGAAGAAAGGGCAAGCUUCUGUUACAUCCAGUGAAGAACCCACCAACCAGUGAUGGAUGACUCCAUCCAAUCAGAAUGUUAAGCCCAUCCUAUCCCUGUAUAAGUGCAGCUUCUGAACUGACAGAGCCGCAGAAAGGUGAAGAGGACUGGCCCUCCGCAGCAUCACACCUGAAUACCAGACCCUUAUUCAGUGAUGGCUUCUGUAAUGGCAGUCGCUUGCCGAACAGGAGGUCUGUCUUUUAUUCUCAUCACAUACUUCACCGUGACCUCUUCCAUGACUCUUGAUUUAACUGAACUCAGAAAUAAAGUUUCAAAGAUCAAAAUGAACCCCAGGGGAAAUCUAUGG